AUGGCUGACAUACUUCCUUUCCAAUUGAAUGAUCCUACAUUACUACAUCAAAUUCUCUCAUUCAUGGACAUUGGGUGGCUGCGGCCACUGGCGAAGCCUGGGCGCAUUGCCCAGACAACGGGCCCGAAGACGUGGAUGAUGCUGUCAUCUCUGCCCAUCAGGGCUUUCUUGAAUACAGUGCCUUAUCGCCUCGAAAAAGAGCCGAGAUCCUUCUUUCAUAACAUAGCAAAAUCACAUCUGCCUGCAACAGCCUCGCUAAACUUCUUACUUUUAAUAUAA